UUUCUUUUUUUGAUUUCGCACCAAUUUUUCCGUUUCCCUCUAUUCUCUCCCGCCAAGAGCCACUAAUUAUAGUCAGAAGGAAAUAAGUACGCGCGCUUCAUUAACAUCAGCUCUCGCGAGGAGGUAACUACGCCACCAAAAUCGGAAACCUCCUCCCCCUCCCCCAUAUCAACGCAGUUCCCUUCCUCGUCUUGUACGAAGGAUCCCUUCUUGAGCAGAUCGAUCGUGGCCUGCCCUCCCUCCUGAGUCUCAUAGCUCGCCCUGCCGAUUCCACCAUUGAGGCUAAGGGCACCAGAGGCGUGUCUUGUUCAACAUCUGGGCGGUAAGCAGAUCAAUUCCCACACCUGAUUCAUAGAAACAUAAGGUAAAUUCUGGUAUGACUUGAAGAUUUUGCCUCCUCCCCCCCUUCUUGGUUCAGAUCUGUCCCUUCUAUCCUUUCUAAUUACUCUUCUCUUGAGUGAAUUCGAUAGUGCACACCAACUGUUUGAUAGUUGUCCUCUGUUAUUGGUUUAGAAUUUUGGGGAGCCUUCAGAUAGAGUUGGUUGCUUCUGGUAACUAUUGGGGUGUCAGGUGCGGACGGGUGCAAUAUUUCAAUCUUGUUCUGCACCAUUACUACCUUGCUGACUUCAAUCUCUUCAUAGACUUUUCUUUAUGGAACUCCAAUUCUGAAUAUCAUGUUCUUGUUGGGUAGUAUAGUUGGGUUAGUUCUUAUGAGUAUCAGACCAUGAUCUGCGGCCCCCAAUAAUUUGAAUGUUGAUUUUUUAUGAAUACCAGAACAUGAUGUGCAGCAGCACAAUUAACAGUCCAGUCUGGAAACGACACACUUGUUCUGAAAAUAAAUGUUAGUGACUUGAGAAUAACAUAUCAUCAGCCUAGCUAUAUUGGUUGUGCAUGAACCAAACCUCCUUAACAGAAAAGAGAAUGAACGUGGGUGUCCUUGAUCUUCUCAUCCUCUUACUAUCCGUGGAUAGUGUUAUACCUGAACAUGUGUGCCCCCUCCCCCUAGCAAACACCAACUUAAGCACCAUAUACCACAUCAAGUACAAUGUGGUCUGACUUAUUUUGUUGAUUGCAGGGGUAGUAAUUACUUGAUAAUAUGAUUGUUUGAGCUGAAAUCUGAAUUAAUCGUCUUCACAUCUAUUGGGAUGACUGUCAUAAGGUGGAGUAGGACCACAAAAUAUUGUCUUUUGCAAAAAUUAUUUAAACUUUUGGUCAUUUUAAUGUUGCAGCAGAUAUGUCACGGACAAGAAUUAACGUUGUUGAAUCUAAUGAAGAAUAUAUGAUGGAAGAACAGAUCGAUCAUAAUUCUGCUGCAAAAGAUGUCGAAUCAUCCGAUGUCCAUGAAAGAACUACUAAUGAUGAAGAAGGCUUCACAGAUUGUGAUGACGCUAGAGUGGAUGAAAACGAAGAUGGUAAGUUUGUUUCUCAUUACUUACCAUUUGCAAUAUAUGAUUAUUCUUCAUUGUAACAUAUAAUUCAUGGUUCUAUAUAUUCAGGUGAAAAUGCAGAAACAAAAGAGCGUAAGAAGAGGAAGCUGAAAUACAUUUGGAACCUUCCAAAAGGGAAAAGGAUAAUGGUUCGCUGCAAUGAGAUAGAUCAGCCAAUUGGAAAAGAGGCUAAACAUCUUGGGGAUUUUCUUGGCUCAGUUGCAAGGAAUGGAUCAUUGUGUUGCUUGAGCUACAAGGACUGGAGAAUGCUAAAAACUAAAACAAAUGUAAAGGCUAUACUAGAUCAAGUGAAGAUGAGGUUCCUUUACCCUCCUCGCAUGGAAAAAUAUAUAUUGAAGGUAAUUGGAGACAGAUGGAGGCAACAUAAGUCCGAUUUGAAAGCAAUGUAUUUUGAAGAGAAAAAAGCACCGAAGCCAAUUACAAUAAUAAACCAAAAUCCGUGACUCCGGAUCAGUGGAGAUCUCUAGUUAAUCAUUGGACAACCCAGAAAGCGAAGGGGAUUAGUGCUACAAAUAGAAAUAAUUGUUCAAUGAGGAAGUCUACACAUACUAGUGGGACAAAAAGUUUCCCUCGUAAGAGGGAAGAAAUGAAAGAUGCAGAUCCUGAAAAGAAGUACCCUCAUAGGGCUCACUUGUUCAUGCACACGCACAAGCCAAAAACUUGCAAGAACAAAAUCAUUAAUGCUCAUGUGGAAGAGUUGAAAGAUAUUAUGGACAAGAACCCUGAAUUAGCAGAUAACAGCGGUGGAAAGACUGCAUGGAAAGGAGAUGCGUUGAACAAAGUAUUAGGGGAUGACAAGCCUGGCCAUGUACAUGGUUUGGGACUAGUUCCAAACCCAAAAAAACUUUUUGAUGUUUCCACUUCACGUGUAUUCCAGAAUACACAUUUUACUUCGGUGGAGGAUACACCAAAUGAAGAUAUGCUAGCUUUUAGAGUUGAAAUGGAAAAACUAUAUCAAGUAAAUAAAAAUCAGGAUGCUAAAAUUAUGGAACUAGAGGAGAAGCUGAGAAGAAUGGAAAGACAACCAAAUCAGGAAAUUUCAGAUCCCAUGGCUACAAUUGGGCUUGAACCUUCGGUUGAUGGACACAACUCAAACAGAAAAAGAGUGCUUGCUCCUCCGGUUGAUGGACUCCAACUUGUUAAAAAACGAUCAAAUAAUUUACAGAACAAGCCAAGUGGAUCAAACAAUGCAGAUUUGCAACCAUCAAACAAGAAUUCUGUUUCAGAUAAGGUUUGUCUACUUAAAUACUCUUUAGAACCUGUCAUUGCUGAGUUUUAA